AUGUCGAACUGCUGCGGCUCGGAUGCCAAGCCCAAGAAGGACCCCCGCGACUUUGUGGAGGAGUACUACGGCAAGAUCCUGGCGACCUCCAAGGACCUCAAGACGAACGCCUGCUGCGCCGCGGGCCGCCCGGGCGCGCGGCUGGCGCAGUUGAUGAGCGCGGUGCCCGCGGAGAUCAUGGAGAAAUUCUAUGGCUGCGGUGCGCCGCUGCCCCUGGGGAUCGACGGUAAGCGCGUGCUGGAUCUCGGUUCCGGCUCGGGAAGGGAUUGCUACGUGGCGGCCGCCCUUGUGGGUGCGUCUGGCCGUGUGACGGGGAUCGACAUGACGGAAGAGCAGCUGGACGUGGCGCGCAGCCACCUGGAGGCCUACACCGGCGCCCUUGGGUACAAUGAGCCCAACAUGAACUUCGUGAAGGGCCAUAUCGAGUUUUUGGAAGAUGCGGGCGUGGAGGGCGAUUCCGUGGACGUGGUGAUCAGCAACUGCGUCGUGAACCUAUCGCCGGACAAGCCUCGCGUCCUGCGGGAGGUGUAUCGCGCGCUGGCGCCCGGCGGGGAGUUCUACUUCAGCGAUGUGUACUGCGACAGGAGGCUGCCGGAGAGCGUGCGGGAGAACGAGGUUCUGUGGGGCGAAUGCAUUGCUGGCGCACUGUACAUUCAAGACUUCGAGAGAAUGGCCAGGGAAACAGGGUUUGCCGAUCCUCGUGUGCUUUCAACAGCACCGAUAGCGAUUCAGAAUGCUGAACUUGAGCAGGCAGUGGGCGAAGCAAAGUUCUACUCAAUAACAUACAGGCUGUUCAAGAUCCCCGACAAGAUCGAGCCCACAUCUGAAGACUAUGGCCAAUAUGCAAUCUACAAGGGCACCAUUGAAGGUCACGAACAUGCGUAUGAGCUGGAUGACAAGCACCACUUUGAAACUGGAAAGCCGAUGCUGGUGGAUGGCAACACUGCUGCCAUGGUGGGCGAGGAUGGGAUCAGCUGGCUCUCUCCACAUUUCCAGGUUGUCGGCGACCGAUCAGUCCACUAUGGCCGCUUCGGGAGUGGCAACCUUGCAUCUAGCUGUGCCACUGGCUCCGGCAGGAGUUGUUGCUGA